AUGACCAGGCCCGAAAUUGCUAUACUUGCGGGCCUCCUAGCGGAUCAUCACCACAUCCCAUCCAGGACCGUCUCGCAGACAAAGUUUUCUGGUCGGAACACGGCAUCAAUCACUCAUUCCCUUCUUCAGAACUCUCGUGUGCUGAGGAGCAAGCUUGGACAGUAUGUCGGGAGAAAAGCAGCUCCAUUGGGAACAUCAAAAGACUUUGCAGGACUUUUUCGCACAUCUUUGCCAACCGCAAAUCGCAUGGGGCUAACUGGUGAUGAUUGCACGGGCUCAUCAGAAUGUGCGGAUGGAAGGAUCUGUUUAAACACACAGGCCGACACGUGCUCUGCUGGCGAGGACUGCUUGUGUGUACCUUCGGACGGAUUUGAGCCAUGCACGUCUAGCCCCGAUUGUUUGACAGCUGGAGAAGUGUGUGUGCAGCUAGGUGACAUCACAGUGUGUCUGUCGGAGGAAACUGCAAAUGCCUUAGAUUUUCCGAUUGUGGACGCAGAGAGCUCUGAUGAUCCCGUAGAGACACCUGCAAGUAAUAGUACAGACCCCAAUGGGGGGAGUGGUGAGGGGCUUACCGGUGCGAUCUGCACGAGCUCAUCGGAAUGUGCGGAUGGAAGCAUCUGUACAGACAGAUUCAUCGACACCUGCCCUUCUGGCGAGACUUGCAUAUGUGUACCUUCGGACGGAAUUGAGGCAUGCACGUCAAGCGCCGAUUGUUCAACAGCUGGAGAAGUGUGCGUGCAGAUAAGUGAGAGCACAGUGUGUGUUUCUGAAGAAACUGCAACCACGUUCUGCGAUAUCCUGCUGGCCUCUGGUAUUGUGUUCUGCCUGGGCGUGCGCGUGGUUUGGUUUUGUGUGGUGCGGGGGAAGUGGUGA